GGUCGCUAAUCAGAUCAGGCGAGGCAGCCUACUUAUUCUCCCUUGUUGUGGUCAGCCAUCCCUCCUCAGCUGCAUUCCUUCCACCUCAUCUCCCGCCAUCAUGGCCACCACUCAUCACGACCCCUCCUCUCACAAGGACAUAGAGGCGAGUGCCCCCACUUCCAUCCACUCGGAUCACGGCGGCGAAGAUGCUGUCGCAGCACCCGCUGGCGUAAAUCGUAUCGCUGCAUUCUACUCGGUCUUUUCUCGUCCUUGGAAGGUGUGGGCAUUCUGGAUCGCCUUCAUGGUCUGGCUUUGCGCUUACUCGCUCAGCGCCGAUACGACUUACAUCUACCUCCAAUUCGCCACCUCGUCCUUCUCGGAGCACACGCUCGUGGGCACCAUCGCCGUCGUGGUUGGGCUCGUGGGAGCCAUUGUCCCUCCCUUUUAUGGCAAGCUCGCCGACUUCGUCUCGCGUCCUUCGGCCCUCAUCCUCGCCCUCACCUUCUACACAGUAGGGUAUGCCGCAGUCGCAGCAUCGAAGAAUGUGCAGACGGUGGCCGCUGGACAAGUGCUCUACCAGCUCGGCAAUUCUGGCAUGGACUUCAUUCAGACUCUCAUCAUCGCCGACAUCACCAGCUUGCAGAACAGAGGCUUGACACUCGGUGCGGUUUCGCUGCCCUAUAUCGUCUUCGCCUUCGUAGCCCCCAGCAUCUCUGAUGGGAUAGGACUCGAAAAUUGGCCCUGGGGCUAUGGUAUGUUCUGCAUCCUCAUGCCCAUUUGCGUCGCACCCAUCGCCUUGACGCUCAUCUGGGCCGAUAGGAAGGCUAGGAAGAACGGCACCGUAUCCGUCGCCGCGUCGUCCCUCAAGUACCAGCUCGGCAUCUCUGGCGAGCAAGGGGAGCAGAAGAGUCUCUUCCAGCAGAUCCUCCACGCUCUCAACGUCAUUGAUGCGCUUGGUCUGCUCCUCAUGGGCUUCACCUUCGCCAUGCUUCUCGCCCCGACCACCCUCUCCACUACGGCCUCCAACGGCUGGAAGAACCCCUCCCUCAUUGCUAUGCAGACCGUGGGCGGAAUCCUCUUCAUCGUGUGGUGCGUCUGGGAAUGGCGAUUUGCACAGUACCCCAUCAUGCCCAAGCGCAUCAUGAACCGCACCUUCCUAGUUUGUCUCGUCAUUGACUUCUUCGGCUACGUCUGCGCCUACCUCACCGACAUCUACUGGUCGUCAUGGCUCUACGUCAUCAAGGAUUACUCCACCAGAGAUUACACUUACAUGCAGCAAAUUGAGACCAUUUCAUUGUGUCUCUUUGGCUUCAUCGCAGGUCUCAUCAUGAGGUAUACUCAUCGUUACAAGGUGCUCCAGAUCAUCUCUCAAGCUCUGCGCGUCCUCGGACUGGGUCUCACAUACUACGCUUGCUACAAUAACGGAACGGCGGCCAUCUUCUUUGGCAAGAUGAUCACGAGUCUUGGAGGAGGAUUCGCCGUCGUCGCUUCGCAAGUAGCCGCUCAGUCCUCGGUCAAGCACAGCGACUUAGCCCUUGCCGUAGCCCUCCUCUCUCUCUGGACGCGUGUCGGCGGUGGCAUCGGAAGCGCGAUCUCUGCCAGUGUAUGGAACGCGCAACUCCCCGCCCAACUCGCAAAGCACGUCCCCUCCCUAUCCGCAGACGAAAUCACCAACAUCUUCGGCUCAAUCGACGUCGCACGCACAUCCGAGCCGAGGGACCAGAUCAUCAAGGCUUACAAUGAGACGUACCGCCUCCUGGCUAUCCCCGCUCUGGUGUGCAUGUUCGUUCCCCUCGCCGUGUCCUUCUUUGCGCGCGACUACAAGUUGGACGAGAAACACAAUGCCAUUGAGGAGACGAGGGUACUCGCUACUGCUGGCCCGGGGACGGCGGGUCGGGUCGCUGCUGCUGAGGUCAGGCAGCGCGAGGAGAGCGAGGAGCAGGAGGACAGGGAUGGGAAGAGUUUGAGGGAGUGAGCGCAAGUGGGCGAGCGCACGGGCCGAGUUAUCGGGGCUUUGCGGCAAGAAUGUCACCGUACGGGCGUCGAGUAGCAAUCAAAAUCGGAAUCGUCAUGCGAGC